AUGUCAACUAUAAAAUGUAUACAAUGUAAACGUGAUAAGGAAAUCGCGGAUUACGAUCUUGAUAGGCAUGGCCGGCCCCGUAAAUCAUGUCGGACAUGCUUGUCUCGCGCGUGUGAACAUACACGUCGUCGAGCGGAAGCCAGACGGCAACGAAUUGCGAAUAAUGAAGAACCAUUUCUCCCCUCAAUCGCACCUGUAGUACCAUUAGCAUUCCAAUCUGCUCGGGCACGUUGGAGGCAAUUGGAGUUGGGUAGAAUGAAAGUGAUUUGUUCUUCCUGUCAAUCGUUACAUUGGAUAUGCGAACGCGUGCAUGGAAGUUCAAUUGCAUUACCACGUUUUGAAAGUUGUUGCAAGAAAGGCGACAUUCAGUUGCCGGCAUUGGGACAAGCACCCGAGUACUUACAAUACCUACUUGAAUCUACUGAUUCUGUACCCAAACAGUUCCGUGCCAGGAUCAGGGAGUACAACUCCGCUUUAACCUUUACUUCUGUUAAGUACAACUCAGAUGAACGCGUCGGCGCACAAGUUGCGGGUGUUCGAUGCUUUCAAAUUCACGGCGAGCUUUACCAUCUUCAAGGACCAUUAACUGCAGCGGCACAAGAUACACCCAAAUUUGCUCAGUUAUAUUUCUACGACCCAGUCUACGCAGCCUAUUUGAGGCAACAAGAACAUCCCAAUCUGGACCUCGCUAUCCUGGAACGCUUGACAAAUGAACUGAACAUUGUAAAUCCAUUCAUUUCAUUAUACAAAACGGCAAAGGAACGGUUAGACGCUGCAUCACAAGGGGAUGGAAAUGUACGCAUGUUGCUCAAUCCUCAGCUAAGGUUGGUGAUGGAGCAUGGGGCGGACAAGCGUCGGGAAAAUCUGCCUACCAGCAACGAAGUCGCCGCAAUAAUACCAGAUGAAUACGGUGAUUCAGGAUUCAGGGAUAUUGUCCUAGCUCAUAAAAAUCCAGAUGUCAAUAGGCAGUUUAGUGUGAUUGAUCCCAACCAUGACGCAUAUAUGCCAUUGCAUUAUGUUCUACUUUUUCCUAACGGAGAAAACGGUUGGCAUUGGGGCUUGCGAUUGCGGGAUGAGUUGAACAGACGGAAGAAUUUGAGGUUACAACAGCGAGAGUUUUACCGGUAUGUUUCAAUACCCUUUGUUCUGAAUAACCUUUUGACGUAUCUGACUUUUUGA